AUGCAUGUCGAGCUUCAGGGACAGGAGCUUUCACAGUGUGCUCUGCCUUCUAGUGACAUCAUACCCGAGCCAACCUUGGAAGAGAGGCAGAAUGAGGAAACGGGGAAGAAGAGAAAGGAAAAGUUCGGCGGAUUAUGGAUGUUGAUCAGCCCCAUGGGCUCCCAGUGGUUUGAGAUGGUUCUGGUUUGGGAUUGCGAGGAGCAGCCCGACUUGCAAGUAUGGGAUAGCAACUUGGCUCCUAUGCCUCCUAUGCACAUCCUGCCCAGUUCCACUUCGACUCAUCAACAAACGGGCAUCAAUAAAGUCAGUGGAGAAUUAUUGCCAGACUUGUUCCGUGGGUCUGUUUCUUGGGUUCGUUUAGAGCAAUAA